CCGAUUUAUUUUCAGAGACAACAUCCGUCAUUUCCCGCCUUCCUUUCUCUUUUGGGUUCUUUUCAUAUAAACUUGCUGGUCCUCACAGAUUCAGCAAUUUUCACAGAGCAACUCUGGUAACAGCAUAAAUGGCUCCAGUGAAGAGACUCGAACCAGAGCAGGUGAAAAGGGCCGACGAAAAGCCCAAGCGUAAAAAGGUUGCCUUUGUCAAAGACACUGGGAUUGAUGCAAAUGAAUGCGUAUCAGUCUAUCUUGUGAGCAGCCUAGAAGAAAUGCAAGACGCAAAGAAAUUGGAAGAUCAAGGAUUGUCGUUCAAUCCAGAGUAUAUGGAACAGUUUGUGGGAGAAGAUGGAAAGAUUUAUGGCUACAAAGGUUUGAAAAUUGAUGUGUGGCUUAAUUCGCUGUCGUUUCAUGCUUACGCAGAUAUCCAAUAUGAAAACAAAAUUGAGGAUAGCAAGAGUGAGAAAAGAACAACAGACUUGAAAGAUCUUAUGAAGAAAAUAUUUGGGCAGGGUUUGAUGGAAGAUCGUGAUGCCUUUAUACAAAGCCUUUCAAGUAACAGUCACCAUAUUGAGAGCCUGAUUCACAAUGUAGGCGAGAUUAUAGAAACAUGUGAGAUUCAUACAGACAAGACCUUAACUGUGCAGGGAGAUUCGGGAAUAUUGGGAACAGUGACCUCUGAGGAGAUUAUACAUCUGGAAUUGGCGGAUCCUGGGGUAAAGGAAUGGCAUUCACGCUUGGUACCACUGGUUCUUCUUCUUGUUGAAGGCAGCCAACCUAUAGAGCAAGAUGACACAAAAUGGGAAAUGUAUAUUGCAAUUCAGAGGGAGUUACUGAAUGAAGGUGAUACCAGGCAUAAGCUUCUGGGGUUCUGCAUCGUUUAUCGUUUCUAUCAUUAUCCAGAUAGCACCCGUCUAAGGAUCAGCCAGAUUUUGGUUUUCCCACCUUAUCAAGGUAAAGGGCAUGGUUUGCACAUCUUAGAGGCUGUAAAUAAAAUUGCAGUUCAACGAGAUUCUUAUGAUGUAACAGUAGAAGAACCAUCACUGUCUCUUCAAGAACUGCGGGAUUGCAUGGAUACUUUGCGUCUUCUUUCUUUUCACCAAGUAAGAUGUGCUAUUAAGCCAGUGGUAGAGAGGUUGAAGCAAGCAAAAGUGUCUGACAACACAACACUUGAUCAUUCACUGGAAGGAAAUGGAAAAGGUGAAUCUUCAUUUGCCUUAAAGACAAACUCAAAAAGUAGAAGCUGGUGGUUUCCAUCUCCAGAAUUAGUAGAGGAAGUGAGGAAGCAUUUGAAGAUUAAUAAGAAGCAGUUCAAACGAUGUUGGGAGACUCUAGUCUUUUUGAAUCUGGAUCAAUCAGAUUCACAGUGUCAGGAGAGUUAUCAGAUCCUCCUCAUGGAGCAGAUAAUGUCGGAGCUUUUUGAUAAUUCUAGUGAGAAGAUUGCAAAUGGUAAGCGUGUGAUUGACAUAGGUGACGACCAUGACAGUUCAAAUUCAUUUAUGAUGAUUCGGACAAAAGGAAGUAAUGCAGGCACUGAUGGUUCUGUAUUGCCUGUGCCAAUGGAGGAUGGGAAUGGAGUAGAAUCACGAGAAGAUCAGUUAAAGGCUGUGUUUGAAGAGAGGCUAGAAGAGAUUACACAUGUUGCAGACAAAGUAUCUCGCCACUGCAAACCCUUGGGCAUUCAAGUACCCAUAGUUUCUCCAUGAUUAUCAAGUGCUACUUAUCAAUUAACAUUAUAACAAAUUUUACCAUCUAGCACCUCAAAUUUGUUUGAGGCUGCUCGGUCCUUCGUUGCAAGAGUUGAAUCUCUCUGUUUUGCCAGGGCUUUCUCUCUCUCUCAUGUUGAGAAUUCAAUCAGAGAAAUGGGAACACUUCCUUGUAUUUUUACACCUUGUAAUUCUUUAGGUUGGUCAGAACAAGUAGUUUAACAUAAUAUUUCUAAUUUAUGCUUUUUAUGAAUGCCUAGAUUUUUUUGUUUCUUUUU